ACAGGUCCCAAGGUAGUUUCUAAAGACAUAAGUGUUGAAUCUAUUGAAGAAGUCACAAAGAUACUGAGGAGAGCUCCUGUCAUCUGGGACAAUAUUCAUGCUAAUGACUACGAUCAGAAGAGACUUUUCUUGGGGCCUUAUAAAGGCAGGUCCACAGAACUCAUCCCUCGGCUGAAGGGAGUCCUCACCAACCCCAACUGUGAAUUUGAGUCUAAUUUUGUGGCCAUUCACACGUUAGCCACGUGGUAUAAGUCUAACAUGAAUGGAGUGAGAAAAGAUGUUGUCAUGACGGACAGUGAAGACAGCACUGUGUCCAUCCAGAUAAAGCUGGAAAAUGAGGGCAGUGAUGAGGAGCUCGAAACAGACAUCCUCUACAGCCCGCAGAUCGCGCUCAAGCUGGCUCUCACUGAGUGGCUGAGCGAGUUUGGAGUGCCUCAUCAGUACAACAGUCGGCAGGUUCCUCACAGUGGAACUAAAAUCACUUCUAUAGAUGUUCCUGUGCUCACUGCACCCAGUCUGGGCAUUUCCACUACAGUGACUACAGUCUUCCAACAGCCCAUCAUGAGUCCAGCUGUGCCCCUUAGUGAUGAACCGCAUGUGCUCGGCAAAGAAGAGGAGGUGGAGGUGGAGAAGAAGGAGUCUGAUGAAGAACCCAUGGAGAUGGUCGUAGAGAAACACGACGAGGUGGAGGACACUAAAAAUGUCAACCAGAUCCUCACAGAGAUUGUCAAGGCUAAAAUGACAGAAGAUCUCAAGCCCAUGGACACAGACAAAGAGAGCCUGACAGAGUCCAAGUCCCCAGAGAUGUCCAUUCAAGAGGAUUCAGGCAGCGACAUUGCACCGAUGCAGACUGAUGAUCAGCUCAUUAAGGAAGUGUUUGUUCCAGGCCUCAAUGAGAAGCCACUGUUUACUGCUGAGCCACUUACUCUGGAGGAUUUGAUCCUGCUAGCUGAACUCUUCUACCUGCCGUACGAACACGGUCCUAAAGCAGUACAGAUGCUGAAAGAGUUUAACUGGUUGAGAGCCAAUAGCAAUUAUGUCAGUGUUAACUCCAAAGCAAAGGAUCCAGAGAAGGUAGCUGAAUGGCAAUCCAGAGCGGAAAUAUUUGAGGAGAUGUGCUGCUCCGUGAUCCAGAUGUUCACCAGACUCUCCAACUCAGUCAACAGGACCAUUCUUUAUGACCUGUAUCCCUAUAUCUGGGAUAUAAAGAGUAUCAUCUCAAUGUUGAAAUCAUUUGUUCAGUGGUUAGAUGGAAGAAUCCUCAGCACAAGUUUGUACUGCAAUUGGAUGGACAGUGCCCGAUGGUGUCGUAGUCAGUCGUCAGCACAGUUCUUAAGUGGCGACCAAGAGCCCUGGGCCUUUAGGGGCGGUCUAGCAGGAGAGUUCCAGAGACUGUUGCCAAUUGAUGGGGCAAAUGAUCUUUUCUACCAGCCACCACCACCAAUGCCAACUUCCAAAAUCUAUACUAUAAGGCCUUACUUUCCCAAAGAUGAGUCUUCCGUCUACAAGAUCUGCAAAGAGAUGUUCACUGAGGGCUGUGAAGGCAUCUUUUUCUCAGAUGAGUCACCGGACCUUAUUGGAGACAGGUUAGUGGGAGGUUUCCUGACGCUCAGCCCAGACUAUGGCUUUGUGCUUGAGGAUGAGGAAGGUAUUUGUGGUUAUGCUCUGGGCACUAUGGAUGUCAAACCUUUUGUGAAGAAAUGCAAGAUGAGUUGGAUUCCAUUCAUGCAGGAGAAGUACAACAAGCCAGACACAGAGAAGGACCUGUCAGAGGCUGAGAAAAUGAUGCUAAGUUUCCAUGAGGAGGAGGAGGAGGAAGGCUUACCAGAAUCAUUCCUCAGUAACUUCCCAUCACUCAUUAAAGUGGACAUUCACGCAAAGGUUACUGACCCCAGUGUUGCCAAAAGCAUGAUGGGAUGUCUCCUCUCAUCACUGAAAGCUAAUGGUUCGCAUGGUGCUUUCUGUGAGGUCCGGCAGAUGGACAAAAGGAUGUUGGACUUUUAUAGCAAACUGGGUUGCUUUGAAGUGGCCAAAAUGGAGGGAUUCCCAAAAGACGUUAUUAUAAUGGGGAGGAGUUUGUGAAUCUGAGUCGCCAAGAAGAAAAAUCAUACAGAAGGAGCCACCCAGAAAGUGCACAAAGCUUUGGCCCCAACGCGCUACCUGUUCAUGUAACUAUCACGUUUUGUAAUAGCAACGGUUGCUUCAUUCACAUCAUAUGCCGACUGCACUUCUAGAAAUGUAGGUGCUGUUCAUUUACUUUGCCAGUGUGUAGUGGAAGCUCAAGAGUUUGAAAGUGAGUGUGCCCAUACGCACACAUUGGUGUGUUCAGGGUGAGUGAGAAAUGGAAAAA